GAACUUUGAGCAACCUGGAUUGCUUGAAGGUAGGUUGGUAGGUAGCGGCUCUUUUACUGAUGUCAGCGAAGGGGAUCGUAUAUUGAAGGCACAUAGCAGCAAGGAAAUCGCAGAAACGGAAGGCAUCGGGCUUCAUCGCCGGAGCAAGAAGAACAAUCAUCAUGGCCACCCCCGGAGAGUGGUAUCACUCUCUACCACCAGUGAGCAGAACAUUUGGCACACUAUGCUUUGGGGCGACCGUCGCGAAUGCACUUGGUCUGGUGUCCCCUAUGUCGCUGAUUCUCAGCUGGGAUCUUAUCUUCAAGAAAUUCCAAAUAUGGCGCCUCGUCACAAACUUCAUCUUCCUGGGGAAAUUUAGCUUUCCAUUCGCCAUGUUCCUUAUGUACAUUGCGAGGUACUCGGUGCAACUAGAGAAGCACCACUAUCAAAAUAGGACGGCCGACUUUGUUUACCUGAUGAUGUUCGGGGCAGCUGUUCUUCUGCUGGUGUCCUUUCUGGCUCCGUUCCUGGGGCUGUAUCUGCUCGGCCCUCCCCUCAUCUUCAUGCUCAUCUACCUCUGGUCUCGUGCAAACACAUCAGCAAACGUCAGCAUCAUGGGGAUGGUGUCGGUACAGGCCCUGUACUUACCUUGGGCCAUGCUGGCGCUGGACGUCAUCUUCGGAAACAGCCCUGUUCCCGGGCUCCUGGGCAUCCUGGUGGGGCACACCUACUACUUCCUAACGGCCGUCUACCCCCGGCUAUCGAACGGGACAGAGCUCCUCCGGACGCCCAAAUUCGUACACGACAUGGUGCGGAGCUGGGGUCUUCAACCUGGGGAGUAUCGGCCUGUACCACCUGCGGCAGGCCGACAAGGAAACCGGCCGCCGUAUGCUGCUGCACCGCCGCAGCCAGAGGCACGGCCGGGGUUCAGAGCGUUUGCAGGAACAGGGAGACGACUUGCCGAUUGACAAACAACUGCGGAGUUCAAGUCGUGUGUGUGAUCUGCACGCGAGCGAUCUUGAAGUACUUUGUCAUACUUACAGCUGGUGAGAAUGAUUGCAUGCUGCUUUUCCAUAUUGAACCGAGUCAGACACACAACCAGCGAAUAGAAACCGCAUGUGCGAGCUUGGGAGUGUGGCAUCUGGUUGUGACACACCCCUGAAAGCGCAGCGGGUCAGAAGGCGAGCGGCCUAGCUGUGUGUUGCUUGUUUGAAUGAUUGGGUGUACAUGGGGGUUCCAGUUACAGUGAUUUAUGCAUACAGUCGAUUGUG